AUGGCGAAAGACAAACGGCCCUCAGCGAAGAAGGCCAUUUCGUCCUCGUCUUCGCCUGCCUCUCCCCCAUUCUCUUCUCUAGCCGUCCCCUCGCCUCUCCUCGGGGGCGCAGCGUCUCCCGACGCUCAUCCCUUCGGCCUCGCAGUCACAGCAGACCCCCAGCGCCUGUCCGCUGCGGAGAAAGCUCCUUCGCUGCCAGUGCUGCUUCUUCCUCCGGCUUCUCAGCUGUCAUCUGACGGCAAAACUGCCGCGGGAGCGAGCGAUUUCUUCGCCUUCCACCGCGGGCUCCCCUCCGCGGGCACUCCGACCGAUCUCCUCUGCCGGAGGCUCCCGCGGCAAGCGGCCUUGGCGCUUCAGCAGUUGCCUGGAGGCUGCGCGAUUCGAGGUCUUUGGCUGCGCGUUCCGGCUGAGAAGAUCGACGAGAAGCAGGCAAAUUUCACGCACCUCUUUGCCGUCUCCUCGCUCCUCGCGGCUUUCGCCGGCCUUCCAGGCCCCUGCGGCGCCGCGCCCUCUUUCCUGGCUGUCUUGCUCGUCUCUGCGGGCGCGCCGCAAGAAGCCGAGUCCAGAAGAAAGGAUGCUUCUGCGGUCCGCUGCCUCGUUCUGCGAACGGACUACUCUUCCGUGUCUGCGCCUCUCUCCGUCCCCGUGAACCUCGUCGCCUCGCUUUCGCUGCCGCCCUCUGCGGGCUGGACGCUCUGCGCGUAUGCCUCGGUCCUUCCUCUGCGCGUGGACGUCUCGUUCUCUCCCCGCGAAGUCUUGUCCGCAGUGUCCCUGCAGCCUGAGGAGACGACCAAUCUCUUGGCGCACGAGCUGACCCUCGCGCUUCUCGACGAGUAUUUCGCGGGUCCGUUGCUCUUCGUUCAAGAGGGAGAGCGCGAGCCGGUCUGCGCGGUUUUACCCGACCGACACGCCUUCGCGCUGCCUUCUUUCGCCCCGCGACGCCCCCUCGUCUACCUGCAGCCGCUGCAAACCCGGCAGGCGCCGCUGAGGUUCUCGCUGUCUCCAAAGUCGUGCGAACGUGGACCGUCGCUCGCGCUGGAGAGCGCUCCAACGACCGCGCCGGAAGGCGCCGAGAGCGGGCGGCGCGUCGUCUCCGCGGAGGGGGCGUUCGUCGCCACAGCCGUCGGCUCGAGUCUCCCCGCUUUUUUCUCUUCGCUCGCUGCCUCGUCUGCCGCGGACUCAUCCCCGCUGUCCAACGUCUGCAGCGCGCUCUGCGGAGACCUCGCGGCUUCGCUCUCGCGCCGCGUGGUUCAGGCCCUCCUAGACUACGCGGCCGCCGCGGAAGAAGCCGAGGGCGGUCAGGCGAGCGGCAAGAACACCGGAGACGCGGCCGCGUUUCCGCUCUCGCUGGGCACCCGCCAGUUCUUUUGGCCUGCGGCCGCGUCGCGAGGAGGCGGGAAGGGAGGUGAGGGCGCGGGCGACCAGCACGCAGUCGCGCCUUUGCUGAUCGCUGACACGAAGUCGCCCUUUGCAGAGGACGAAGGCGACGGCGAAGAAGAUCCGCUUGCAGCCGCGCGAGAGGCGCUCGGCUUCCUUCUGGGCGUCUCGAAUCCGCUUCUCGAAAGCGAGUUGGUCGAAGGCGUCUUCCCGCCUUCUCUCCGUGCAGUUCUUAGCUCGGCGCCCAGCAGCGACGCCGCUGGCGGGGCGGCAGACGGAGCCACGGAGAACGGCGCGGGCGCGGUCGCUGUUGAGGGCCUCGUCGGCCGCGGCGACUUCUGGUCGGCACUCGAGGCGAAGGUUGGAGGAAACGGGCAGAAAGGCGCAGGCCGAACGCAGUCAGGAGGCUCCGUCUCUGCAAACGUAGGCGCCCUGCUGAUCGCUGCGGUCGCUGCGCUCCUCGCUAUCGUCUUCGCCUUCUUGCCAAACAUGGGAUCCAAGGCACGCGCUUGA